UGGUUGACUAAAAAUGAAUCAACGGUUUAUUACAUUUGCUUCACUUGUAUUACGUUGACGUUUGUAUAAGUAGGAAUACAUGUAAGAUCCGUAAUAUGUCACUGCCAGGAGUAAACGAAGCUUAUGUACGGGCGAUGUGCGACUACCCUAUGAAGGACGCUAAUGAGGUGAGAAAAUAUUACAACUCAUGGGCAAAAAAAUACGAUGAUGACGUGACAGUCAUGACGUACCGCGCACCUGAUGCAGCAGUUGGUAAGGCAGCAACCCUUAUAUUCGAAAAGGAAAAGAAAAGAUUUAAAAUACUUGACCUAGGAUCAGGAACAGGUUUGGGCGGCGUAUCCUUGCGUAAGUUUGGAUUUCAAGGAGAGAUUAUAGCGCUGGACGGCGCUGCGGAAAUGCUAAAGGUGGCCAGAGAGAAACAAAUUUACAGCAAUUGUAACGAGCACAUUCUUACCUCAACCCAACCCCUGCCAUAUCCAGACGAUACCUUUGACCUUAUAAUUUCCGUGGGUGUGUUUGGGAAUAACAUGAUACAACCGGAUUGUAUACAGGAAGUUUUGCGAGUUUUAAAGCAAGGGUAUCAUUUCGUCCUUACUAUUCGCAUGCAUAGUAAGUCCACCGAAUACCAAGACCGCCUAGAAGGAGAACUAAAACGUCUGGAAGCAAUUGACUUAAUGGCCGUAGCUUCAAGGAAAAAGUUUAUGUGUUAUAACUGGAAAGAUGUAACAGCUGAUAAAGAAUUAAACCAUAAUGACCAGUUUGGAGAAGUUCUAGCGUUGUUAAAAAAAACAAUUUGACUUCCUGUUUUUUUUUCAUCCCGCAUACGUUUCUAACCCACAUAUA